UUUCCAAUCUGCGGUGCCUUGGUGACAUCUGCAACACUAAAUAAAGAUUCUCCCGAGCCUUAGCACGGCGGUUCUGUGACAAAUAAGAAGACUAGAGGCAACUUUGGCUGCCAAAGCUGCGAGAUUGGUGAGGUUGAGCCGCUUGUUUGGUUCCCAGGAGGGACCGGCAAAGUUAAAUACUCCUGGAAAAGCCAAGUUGGGCCCAGCAGGCGCCACCAUGUUCCUGAAUAAGUGUGAGGGGGACCUGGGCGAGCUGCGGAAGCCGGGGGACGGCGAGGGCACCCCGCCAGCCACCGCUGAGGAGGAGCAGCCCAAGAAGAAGCACCGGAGGAACCGCACCACCUUCACCACCUACCAGCUGCACGAGCUGGAGCGCGCCUUCGAGAAGUCCCACUACCCCGACGUCUACAGCCGCGAGGAGCUGGCCAUGAAGGUCAACCUGCCGGAGGUCCGCGUGCAGGUCUGGUUCCAGAACCGCCGAGCCAAGUGGAGGCGGCAGGAGAAGAUGGAGGCCAGCUCCAUGAAGCUCCAUGACACCCCCGUGCUCUCCUUCAACCGGCCCCCCAUGACCCCCAACGUGGGGCCCAUGAGCAACUCCCUCCCGCUCGACCCGUGGCUGACGUCGCCCAUCUCCAGCGCCACCACAGUCCACAGCAUCCCCGGCUUCAUGGGGGCCCCCCAGGCCCUGCAGCCGCCCUACGGCGGCCACUCCUUCCUCAAUACCCCCCCGCCGAUGGCACAGGGCAUGCAGCCCAUGGCCCCCGCGCCCUACCAGUGCAGCACCACCUUUGUGGACAAGUACCCGCUGGAGGAGGUGGACCAGAGGAGCUCCAGCAUCGCCUCGCUCCGCAUGAAAGCCAAGGAGCACAUUCAGACCAUUGACAAGACCUGGCAGCCCAUUUGAUGAACGCUCCCCUCCGGCCCCGUCAGCCCCUGGUGCCGGCUUGGACCUGGGGUGGGCGAGGGGGUGACGGUGGGAUGCUCGGCAGGACCAGAGGUGGUGCAGGGCUGCAUCUUCCCCCUGAUGAGCCAGCACCAUCGGUGGCAGGGGAGCAAGCCAGGGUGCUGGCAGGACACUGCCAUGGGGCAGCCCCCCAGCAGCCACCCCCCCCCCUCUGCCUUGCCAAGGCCCCGGCCCAGGCUGAGGAUCUGGCCACUGUGCCACCGGGCCACACAGCCCCCUCCCUGGUUGGACACCUCCUUUCCCCACACCCCUUCCCAUUAUUAUUAAUUUUUUUUUUUUAAUGCUGCAGAUUUAAACAAAACUGAACAGAAAAGCUCUAGUUUUGUAGGGAGUACUUGGGGGUUUGCUUUAGCCGCGCUGGGGCACAGCACUGGUUGUGCCGGCACCAAGAAGACGGUUGUAUCGUGAGUAAAAGGAGAUAAGC